UCGUUGCUAAUAUCGGGAAGUGUAAGCCCUCCGCGUCCUGUCCGAGCCCCUAGCUUGACUAACAUUCUGGUAUCAAUGUGUCACGGCGCUGGCAGGGAUCAGUAGAAGAGGAUCCUGUUUACUUUAGUGUUUACACAGUGUAACGGGAUAGCACGAUGUUUGUCAGUGUACGGUUGAGCUGGGUACUAUUUCUAUUCACCAUUCCCGUAGUAUUGUCCCAAAACAUCGCCUUAAUCAUCAUCGAUGUCCAGAAUUGUUUCCUUCCGGGAGGCAGCCUCGCUGUGACAGACGGACAGGAAGUCAUCCCGAUAAUUAAUUCAUUGCGCACUGACUACAAAGACGCAUUCCGAUUGGUUGUAUUAUCUCAGGACUGGCAUUGUUCCGAUCACAUUUCAUUUGCCUCCCAACACGCAGGAUUUAACGCCUAUCAGGAAGUGUCGUUAGCGUACGAUAAGAACGGAGUCCUCUGUGAACCGGCGAACUCAUGUCAAGUCGUGGCGUACAACGUCACACAGAUGUUAUGGCCCGAUCACUGCGUCAUCAAUACGACUUCCGCCGAGUUUGACGACAGUCUUGUCCAGGAAGAUAGCGACAUCGUCAUCAGGAAAGGGUUCAACUGCAAAGUUGAUUCCUACUCGGCGUUCUUUGACAAUGGCGAAUUCACUCAAACCGGUCUACACAAAAUUUUACAAGAUGCUGAUAUCUCAACUGUGUUUGUCACGGGCCUAGCUUUAGAUUAUUGUGUGUAUUACACAUCAUCUGAUUCCAAGCGUUUAGGUUACACGACCUACCUCGUCCAGGACGCCAGCCGAGGCGUCGCCAAUGCUACCUCUGUGGCAGCCGUGGCGGACAUGAAAUCAAAAGGUAUCAACAUUAUUCAGAGUGACGAUGUGGGUGCCAUUUUGGAAUCUAUAACUAGCGGAGUUUCAUCACACGGAAGUUGCUUAACAACGAUUCUUCUCGUUGUCAUGGCGAUCGUUUUCAUGCAAAUGUUCAGUUGUCAUUCUGUCCAGGAAUGAGUGUUUAGUUAAAUCAUACAGAGUAUUUGUAAUGGACCACCAUAUUGAUUGGAAUACAGUGCUUUAUAUGUAUUUGUUUUUGUUACCAUAUUUUGGUAGGUUCUGAUUAGCGAAAAAAUCGUUGUCAAAUUUUCGAGGCAAUUCGACCCAUUUUUCAAGACAGAAACAUGGUUAACUAUAUAUCACAUCAUAUAACAAGGAAAUAUUUCACUAUAAAACAAUGCUACAACAUCAAAUACAUAAACA